UAUUCGAGGAGUGGAAGGAGACCCAAGUAAAGAACGAAUGAUGUUGAAUUUAUUUCAUUCUAGCGGUGGUUAUUGGCGCCUCUUGCGACAAAGACUGACACCUGCAUUUACCAAUUACAAACUGACAAAAAUGUUUCCAUUGAUCGUGACGUGUGCUGAAAAACUACAACUCGCAGCUGGUGAUGUGGUCAAGCGUGGAGGGGUUGUAGAUGCAUUCAACAUGAUGUCACGGUACUCUAUGGAAUGCAUAUGUUCAAGCAGUUUUGGGUUAGAUACAGAUAUAUUGAGUGAAGAAAAUUCAAAAUUUAUGCAAUUAGGAGAAAAAAUUUUUGUAAGAACUGGGUGGCAGACCCAUAUAAUUGCAUUACUUCAAUCAAUUCCGUCUUUAAAGAUCGUAUUCGAAUCUUUCAUCAGAUCUUUUUAUAUAGAUCCAAGAGUGAAACGAGCUUUAAUAGAUUUAGUAAUAAAAUUACGGGAAGAGCGGAACUACAAGGCGAGCGCUCGUAACGAUAUUAUCGAUCUAUUGAUUGAAUUAGAAGCUCUAGGUACAAUGAAAGGUGAAUCAUUCGAAAAGAAAAAUCCCGAUGGGUCACCAGUCGAAAUAGAGCUUGAAAUGGACGUAGAGAUAUUUGCAGCACAAAUAUAUAUUUUCUUCGCAGCAGGCUAUUCUACCUCAGCAAUCGCAACAUCAACAACGUUACAUUAUCUCGCUUUUAACCCUGACGUGCAAAGAAGGAUACAGAAGGACAUAGACGAAGUAUUUGCGAAACACGAUAACAAAAUUUGUUAUGAAUCGAUCUCCGAGUUGAAAUUAUUGGAGAUGGCUUUGAAGGAAUCGAUGAGGCUAUUUCCACCGUCCAAUCCUAUGUCACGUAUAUGUACAAAGAAAUAUACUUUUCCAGGGACUGAUGUAACUAUAGAUCCGGGUGUCAGGGUUGUAAUACCAACCCGUGCUCUUAACUAUGAUGAAAAAUUAUAUGAAAAUCCCACAGAAUAUAGACCUGAGAGAUUCUUACCCGAAGAGAUAAAUAAGAGGCCCAAGUACACUUUCUUAGCGUUUGGUGAGGGACAAAGGAAAUGUAUUGGAUACAGACUAGGUACAAUGCAGUCCAUCGCCGGCGUAGCAGCAAUCCUGCAAAAAUUCUCAGUGGUUCCGGCGCCAAACUCUAAGAAGGAUCUUAAGAUUAACCGUAAAGUCUUUCACGUCCAACAGGUGGAAGGGGGAUUGCCUGUGAAGUUGGUUCACAGGACAUCUGUGAAUUAACAUUUGAAACGAACGAUGCUGUGCAAAAAAUUGAUGGAUAUAAAGCGAUUUCCCGCUUCCGAAAUAGCUAUUAAAUGCAUAACUGUAUUGUAUGACCUAUUAAAUGCAUAACUG